CGCAAUUUGAGCCUCUGGAAAGCAUGUAACUGAUAAUUCUAGUCUCUCAGGUACGUCCCCUCGCGCUCAAACCUAAACUCAAAUCAGCAUCUUCAUGUUCCCUUCGGCGUCCAUGACCGAGCCAGUCGGUAAGUGUUCACGAACACCAAAUCACAUAUAGAAUGAAAACUCCUUGGAGAUUUCGAAAUUCCCUUAAAGCAUUCAUCAUUUGUGAAAAGUCACCAAAGCUACGGCCUUUCUCCACGAUUUAUGCAAAAUCGCCCAACCUCAAGACCAGUGUUAGUCUUGUGAGCUCUGCUUCCAGCAUACAUUAGGAAAACAGCUACCUCGGCACUUCCUCCUAACCCCCAAAACAUCAAAUAUGGAAUGCUUGUACAAGCAGAUUCCUAAAACUGUAUUGAGAUGCAUUCCAAAUCGUCGAGGGUGUUCCCACCACCCUCGGCAAAUCUCGACAUCGCAAAGGCUACACGACUCCCAUGGAGCUUUACACGGCAUUAAAAUCCUAGACAUGUCUCGAGUUCUUGCGGGACCUUUGUGUACUCAGAUCCUAGCAGAUUAUGGUGCCGACGUCAUCAAAGUCGAGCAGCCAGGUCAAGGAGAUGAUACCCGAUACUGGCGAGUCGAUGGUGAAACAUCAACUUGGGGGCACGAGGAGAAGUUGUCGUAUUAUUUCGCAGCUGUGAACAGAAAUAAGCGAUCUUUCACCCUAGACGUUAAGCAAGAGGAGGGGAGGAAAGUUCUCCUGAAUCUAGCAAUGAAUUCGGAUGUUUUGGUUGAAAACUUUAUUCCAGGCAAGAUGGAGCAGUUCGGGCUGGGCUAUGACACUCUGGGGAAAUUGAAUCGUUCACUCAUAUAUGCUAGCAUCUCAGGUAUUAUCAUCCAGAAUUCUUUUGCUACGGAGCAGAAGGACCUUACUCAAAACGAGCAGGAUACGACAUCAUUGCCGGCCGCCGCAGAAGCAGGUCUCCUCCAUAUCACCGGCGAACACGAUGGACCACCUACUGAACCAGGCGUGGCUCUCACCGACAUCUCAACGGGGCUCUACACCCAUGGCGCUAUCCUUGCUGCUCUCCAAGCGCGACACCGUACAGGCAAGGGCCAGAAAAUCGACUGCUCACUGUUCGACACCCAACUUUUGCUCUUGACGAGCGUGGCGAAGGUGUGGCUGAAUAUGAAGAAAGAAGCCACUAGAUUUGGAACUGAACACCCUAGUAUCGUGCCUUUAAGAAUCUUGCUGGAUUGCUGGGAUGUGGAACUAUUGGCUGAAGACGAAAGGUUUGGGACGAAUGAUAAGAGGAAUGAGAAUCGGGCUGCCUUGAAGGUAAUCCUGGAUGAGUGUUUUGCGAGGAAGACGACAGAGAAGUGGUUAGAGGCACUGGAGUGA